AUGUCCCUGCUCUGCUCCUGGCUGCCGGCGCUGCCUGGCGGGGCCUGGGCGCUGCUGGACGGGCUCCUGCAAGGGCUCGUGGGCGCCUGCGCCACCUCCGUGCUCUACAACCUCCUCAAGGUCCAUCUCUACGUGCAGUGCGCCAACGAUGCGGAGCGGCGGGCGGACAAGGAGGCGCUGCGGGCGCAGCGGGGGCUGCUGGACGCGCUGCACGUGCCGCUGCUGACCGCCGUGCUGGCCGCCGCCGGCUCCCGCGUGGCAGCGCUCGUGGCGCUCGAGUUCUCCCUGCGYGCCGCCUCCGCGCUGCUCGCGCGCGGCCAGGGCGCCCCCGGCAGCCAGCUCUACGUGCUGUGCCAGUACUCGCUGGGCUGCGGGAUCCGCUGCGGCCUGGGCUUCCUGCUCGACGGGGCGCCGCACGCCACCUGCAACCUGCUGCUGGCGGCGGCGCUGGCAGCGCUGCUGGCGGCGGGCGCGCGGCGCCUGGCGCGCCACGUCUGCGCCCUCUACGAGCUGCACAGCCGCGCGCGCUACUGCGGCGUCUGCAUCGCGCUGCUGGCCGGCGGCCACGGCAUCCCCCGCCUGCUGCGGCGCGCGCUGGCGCUGGCCUUCGCCGUGGCCGACCCGGCCGCCGUGGCGCUGCUCAACGGCGACUUCCCGGGGCCGGCGGAGGCCGCGCGCUUCUGGACGCCGCUCGCCAUCUGCUACGCGCUGCUCGUGGUCUACAUGCAAGAGGAGCACAAGCAGGGCCAGUCCGUCUACCAGACGGUCUUGGUGCGGAUGGGCAGCCUCUUCAUCCUGCUGCUCACCGUGGGCCGCUGGCUGGACCUGCUGGGCGUGCUGGUGUCGCUGCUGGGCGAGCUCUGGUGCCUCCUGCGUGCCGGCGUCGUGCUGGACAUCUGCCGGCGCCAGGACCUGUCCCGGGAGCAGGGGCACGUUGCAGCGGCGCCGGAGGCCCCUCUGUGUCCGGACGGCUGCGGUUCGGAGCAGGGGGGCAGCAGCGAGGGCCGAGGAGGAGAAGCAGGAGGAAAGGGCUCGGGUGAAAAGUUCUGCCAGCCGGAGAGUGCAUUGGGAUGGCAGCRAUGGAUGGGUUACAGUGCCUUGGAUUCCGGAUUAAAAAUCAACAGCAUCUGCAGUUGUGGUGAAGUAUCUUCACCGGACGAACCCGGCGUCUUCAGUUCUGGUGCUUUAUUUGGGGCACAACCUGGACGUACCAAGGGAAGGACACGCUUCUCCCGCUCGACGUUCUCACCGCAAAAAGAGGGCAUCAUCGGGGCCGGAACGUGCUUGGGGAUGGRCUCCGAGGCAAGAGGCGGCCGCCUCAACAACCUGGUGCCGUGA